AAGGAUUCAACGAUCAAAAGUGAACGAACAGGUCAUGGUCUCUGUGCGAUGGAAAGUCAAUCUUGAGCGUGCUCUGACACGCUGAUGAAGUGAGGACACACCCUGCUGUUAUUCAGGACAGAAAAUGGAGGACAGCUGCAUGCGUUCUGGACCAGCAGGAGAAACAGUGGUUGUUAACGGCACGUCACCUCCGGCCAAAUGUGUUGCAUAAUAAGAAACCCAAGUAUUUUAAGACUCUUUGGGAAGCAGACGGCCAGUUCAAGCAACGGUACUGCAGCUGAACUGUUUUAGUGAGAGUCCAGCUCAUAAAAAUCCAAACCUUCAGGUUUGAAGUUGCCCAAGAAGGCCGAUAAAAAGCGAGCUGAGACGACGGCUCAAACUGGCUCCUAUAACCAUGGCUCUGCUGGAGGUGGGCCGCAGCACAGACUGGGAGAGCGCGGAGCCCGGUUUACUGUCCUCUCUUCACCUCACAUCGGCUGACUAACUCUCACAGUGGCGCUCCUGUUCACACAUCACUGAAACACCGGUGGGUCGCUCCUGUUCACACAUCACUGAAACACCGGUCUGAAAAGAAUCCAGAUGAUGGUGUGCAGUCUGCUGAGUGUUGCAGUGCUGUGCUGCAUACUGAGGCUCUCUGUGCCUGCCUUCCUGCGCCCUGAGUUUAAUGUGGCCUACGUUACCGAACGCAAUGUGUUCAUGUGCACACAAGUGCAUCUGGCCUUCUGUGAGGAGAUGAACUCCAGCGAGUUCAGCAGCUGCGAGGAUCAGUCAUCUGUCCUGGACAGGGCCGAGAGCCCCAGCACGCUUCACAGAAAGAACCUGACGGUGUGGUACAGCUCGCCUCUUAACGUGGCGCUCCUGCUGAACGACUCUGAGGUGACGCACCUGUCUCUGAUCCAGUGUAAGUCUGCUGCCCAGCAGCCCGUCCCGUUCGAGUACUUCACAGUGCAGCGCUUGCAGACUCUAACGGUCACCUACCCGUUUGGGCCGCCCGGACAGAGGCUCAUCACAGGCAAGGACAGGGACCACGAGGAGGAGAGGAUCGCAGUCAUUCACACCUCUGUGCUGACCGGGAAAACUGAGCUGAAGUCCUACACAGUCCAAGCCAGAGUGGAUCGCAGUGGAAGGAUGCCUUUCCCAAACAUUUUUAUGUCUCGUAACAGGCUUUCUGAAAUGUCCAGGAUAUUUGUCACUUUUCUGUACUGAGAGGCAUUUCCCCAGGAAUUUAAAAGCUUCACUGUACUAGUCCCUAGAACACAGAUAUAAUUAAUAACAUAUACGCAAUGCAUACAGUUACAAUAUACAGAUACUUACUGCACACACUGCAAACAUCAGAAUCUUUCAGAAUUUAACAAGGUUUGUAAUGAAGGCUUUGCACGUGUGCUGCUGUUUUACUGAGGAUUUAAUUCUCAAGAUGUUUUGUAUUUACAAUAACGAAAAGGAUAAUAUUGAAUUAAAAAAUAUAUAUUUAUAUUAAAGAAAAAUGUCAAGGAAUUAUGUGAUGCUGUUGUUCAAGAUUGUACUGCCUUGCAGAAUCUGAUCCCCUUAGACAGAGGUACAUAUAUGAUGCCUGUUCAAAAACAACCCUGGGUCAUAUCCAAAAACUGACUUAAGCAAAAGCAAAUGUGAGAUAAGCAAACAUGUAGAUUUAUCUUGUCUCUACUUGUCUUUUACUCAUAUCUGAGCAUUUCACGUCACAGCACCAGAUGAGCUAAAACAAAUGUAAUAGAUCAGAAAAGCCAGACAUGUGGAUCUGGUCCUGUAAUCAUGUGUGUGAACAGGAAUACAAGUUGUUUGUGUUUUACUGCCUCCAGUGUUCAAUUCAAACUUUAUGUAGUUUGGGAGAUAUGUGAAAAUGUAGAUUUUCCAACUUGUUUUUCCAACUUGGCAAUGUUGUCAAAAACAUACCAUAUGAUAUCACAAAUUCUUUAGCUACUCAUAAAAGUACAAAUAGUCAGAGAUAGUGAAGUCACUUCAGCAUUUGCUGACUAGUCGUGUGAAGAAGGGCGUCCAGUGUAAAAUUCACUGUGGUGAUUCAUAAGAGGAGUCUCCAAAAGAAAAGAGAGAGUGUAUAUAGCCUACUGUAAUAACACAUUUUGUCAAAUUUCUAUUCAGGCACCAAAUAGGCUACACUACUUAUUAGACGUCUCAUUUGACUACUCAGUGGGUGCGUACCCGUUCUGUGAGUGUUAGUGCAUCACAAAAACAAGUCAAAGGACAAAAUAAACUUCAGAUGCAUGUCUGGGGACUGUCCAAAUACACACACUUGUGGUCUUGGCCACUUGAGAGUGUGUGCAUGCAACAGGAAGUGUGCUCUUAAGGUCUUAAAAAUACCUAAGCCCGAAGCCCAGUGCCCUUAAAGCACUCAAAAUCCACACUCUGGAGCAGUAUCCGAGGCUACAUUAUGCAUCCUAAUGUGGAAAUAAAUCCUGAGACUCAUUGCCAAGUUCUCACAAGAUUCUUUCCAGUGAAAGUUAAAUAUUAUUAUACUGCUCAGUUUGGUAGCACAACAAAGUGUUGCACAUUUUAUUGGAGCAAAGGUUAGUAUGUGUAUUUUGUACAACAUUUGCAACUACUUUUAUCACUUAAUUAGAAGCACCAUUAUAAGCACAUUUUGUAAUCUGUAAUAAAGACUAUUUAGAAGUUUAUUUUAAAAUGCAAAGCAUUGAAAAUCCAAAUAAAGCUCUGUAACCAUUU